CGAUGACAGGAGACCGACUGCUCUUUAUUAUUAUUAAACUCAGCAAGAUGCCUACUGGUCUCGGUUUCCUGUUCACUUUCCUCACAAACAACAUCUCAAUUGAUCGACACCUACACUUCUGGCCAAAGCUGCAAGUGCAGGAUCACUUUGCAGCUUGCAUCGGUUCGCCGGCCUAAUCAGCAACUCUUACUAAAGACAACAUUCCUCCCGCAUAAGGCCAGUCCACGCAAGGUGCUGCUGAGCUCGGUUCUCCCCGACACACACACCGAUCACAAUGGCCGACCAAGGACGUCAUGAAGACAUGUAUUGCCACGCCUGCCAUCACCAAUGGCGAAGGCAAGGCAACGGCAUGGAAUGCCCGGCUUGUGGCUGCAUGUCAACGGAAAUAAUUGACUCUCAACAUGACCCACGAAACUUCCACAACCGGCAACGGACUGCCGUAAAUUCCGACCCUCUCCCUGCACCGCACAUCUCAGACACAUCCUCGACUUCCACUGUUUCCAGUCCGCCUUCUCAGCCCGGCCUCGAAGGAGCGAAUUCAAGUAGCACCGCACAGCACACGAGUGGUAGCACGCCACAGCCUGCCGCCACAAGGAUCCAGAUCUCACCGGUUACCUUCGUAUCGUUCAGCGUCCCGCUAUCUUCUAUGCCGCAGGGGUCUCAGGUGCCGCCGCCGACACAUCCUGAGGUGUUUGACACGCAAAUCUUCCCCUUCGUCAUUACCUUUUCUCGGCCGCCAACAACGAACACAAGCUCAACAAACCCGACGACUCAUGACCAAAAUAACGAGCAGACAAAUAACCAGCACAGCGAGACCCAGCAGAGUGAUGCUCAGGCGCAACAACCUUUGCAACCCGGCAUAGAUGCCUGGUUCCAACACGUCCCAUCCUUGUUCUUCAGACUCAUGUCAACCGGGCAUCUCUUCAACCCGGCCAACGCCAUCUUCGGCGACGCGGUCUACUCACAGGAGGCGCUCGACCGCAUCAUCUCACAGCUGCGCGAGCAGGAGGCUGCGGGCGGGGCUCCGCCGGCAUCGCAGGCCGCCAUCGACCGGCUGCAGACGAAGGAGCUAGACGACAAGAUGCUUGGCGUCUGCUCCAAGUGCGUCAUCUGCGUAGACGACCUGCUGAAGGGCGAGAAGGCGGCCGUGUUACCCUGCGACCAUUUCUUCCACGGCGAGUGUGUGACGCCGUGGCUGAAACAGCACAACACCUGCCCUGUGUGCAGGAGGUCCAUCGAGGUGGAGAGGGAUGAGGGGAAGAACGUUAAGACUGCUGGUAUGAGCCCUUCCGCGCCUCAGUCGGAGGCGAGGAACGGUGCUUCGGAUGCGAUGAACUGCUCAUGAGAGAGCAGGUUGGGAAACGAGGGUUUUGAUUUGCAUUUUCGGGCGAUGGACAUGAUACCUAUUUGAUUCAUUCUGGUUCCAGGAGUCGAAGGCGGCUUCAACAUCCACAUCCGACUCUUGUCCUUGAAGGAAAUGAGCAGUCACGGCAGGAUGGAGGGCGUAAAUGGCUGGCAUGGGGAUCUUUUAAUUCGGGAUACGGCAUGAGGGCGGCGGUUUGAUUUAAGUUUGGGCGUUGAGCAUGAUCAUAGUGGGCAUUUUCACAGGAUGAGCUGGCCGGAAGGGCCCCGGACUUUGACGAGUUUGAGUCGUCUAUGUGCGGAGCGUGGUGUGCCCUCGACGGCCGAACCAUGGCAGUUCAUUGUCUACGGCGCAGCAUGAUCGAUCGAGACAUAAUAGGAAUAGAGCAAUGACUAAAGUACAGGACUAGGAUUCACUCACUACCAGGUAGUUAGGG